GUUAAUUGGGCCUCAUAGGGUGGAAAUGCCAUCCCAAAGCAGGAGAAACCCCAAGAGAACCCACAAGGUACCCGUAAGGUAUCGAUAAGUGUAAUAAUUGUACAUAUUUCUGUUUAUGUUACUCAUUUUAGAAUGGCCCAACAAGCGCCAGAUGACCUGGAUCCUAGCAGGCUUUUGAAGUGCCGAAGGUGCACCAAGGUAUUCUUACAGAGGCGCAGCCUGUACAGACACAUACAGGCAGCCCAUGGGCCACCCUUGAUAGCCUCCUGCCUCCGCUGCUCUUUUAAGAGCAAAAGGAGGGACAACCUCAGGCGCCACUACCGCCGAGUGCAUCCCACUCACCUUGACGACCUCGGAGGCAUCCUGAUGAGCCUUGGUGAGGACAACUCCGAGCCGUCACCAUUAGCCCCCAACCUACACAGCAGUGGCAUAAGGCGCUGGGGUGCUGAGCCGCCAUUGGGCCAACCCCGGAUGGUUCCUCCAUCUGCCUCUCCAAGGAUGAGGGCGAGCCAUGGUAAGGAGCAACCCAUGGCAGUGGAGCCUGUCCCCUGUGCGAUGGCAACGCAGCCCUCCCUGCCCCUCAACGAUCUGCUACCAAUCAAUGAUGAAGCCCUGAGCUUAUCACCAUCACCGUCCAUGAGUCUUUUCAUUGACGAGCUUGACAUCGGGGCUAUGAUCACAGCACCUCCCGAGCCAGCCUACACAGCAUCCCCUAUGCCAGCUGCUGCCACAGCACCUCCCGUGGCAACCUACACAGCACCUCCCGUGCCAGCCUACACAGCAUCCCCUAUGCCAGCUGCUGCCACAGCACCUCCCGUGGCAACCUACACAGCACCUCCCGUGCCAGCCUACACAGCAUCCCCAGUGCCCACUGCUGCCACUGCGCCUCCAGCCACCCUCGGUGGCAAGCCUUUGGCCUUGUUGAAGUCCCAGCAGGUUCAUCAACCCGAGUCCUCCGAUGACAGCGACGAUAGCACUGCUGAGGAUGCUGCAGACACCGAUGCACCAAUUCCAGUGUCUUCGAAGGCUGUCGCUACCGUCAAGAAGACCUUCUUGGAAACUGCCCUGGAAGGGAGGGUAACCAAGGUGACAGAAACAUUGAACAAAUACUACAGAAGCGGAGAUCUUAAACAAGUCUGUAGGGUCCGGGUUUAUGAGAUCACCAAGUAGAGAGCAGAGACGUCUUCUUCACCACCCAAUGAA